UAUACGGAAACAAACCGCCGGCGUUAUACACAAAAACACUCCAGAGGUGGAUAUUUCGAAUUUUGGCGAUUUAAGUACUUUUGACGAAUGAAGUCAACUUUUGACAAAUGUAAUAAGGAUCGAUUUUUGGUUCCAGUGUAAAGACAGCUUAUAGAUUUCCGCCUUCAUCUAGAACCAAACAUGCGAUACUAGUUUAAUAAGUUCAAUCAUUGCAACAACAAAAACAUGGCUGUUCGGCACCUCGGUGAGUUUGUCGUGAUUGUAUACCUGACGUUGGUCACAUCUGGGUCCUCGUACGCGGAACAAUUACCCAAUGUCGUGUUCAUUCUCGCUGACGAUUACGGAUUCAACGACGUCGGCUACCAUGGUCGAUCGCAAGGGUCUGCGAUACUGACGCCGAACCUGGACAGGCUCGCAGGCGAGGGUGUUAAGCUAGAGAACUACUACGUCCAACCGAUCUGCUCUCCAACGAGGAGCCAGCUCAUGUCAGGAAGAUACCAGAUCCACACGGGUCUCCAACACGGCGUGAUCAGACAUGCCCAGCCGAACUGUCUGCCCGUGGAUGAAGUCACGCUCCCACAGAAACUCAAGGAAAAUGGAUACACCACCAACAUGGUUGGUAAAUGGCAUAUCGGCUUCUACUUGGAUGCUUGCACGCCCACCGAAAGGGGCUUCGAUUCUUUCUUUGGGUUCCUAAUAGGAGCUGAAGACCAUUACACGCGCAUGCUCUCUUGCGAGGCAUACAAUGCCAACGAUGGCAGUACCAAGACCCUAUCAGGACACGACCUACACGCGAACAAGACACCGGUCUUCGAUUACGAAGGACAGUAUUCUACCCAUCUCUUCACGAAUAAAACAGUUGAUGUCAUAGAGAGGCAUGACAAGACAAAGCCACUCUUCAUAUACCUGGCAUAUCAAGCCGUUCACGCACCUUUGCAAGUACCUGACAGCUACAUGGACCCAUACAAGAACAUAGCCGACAAAACCAGACGUACCUAUGCUGGUAUGGUAUCUUGUAUGGAUGAAGGUAUAGGAAAUGUCACACAAGCUCUCAAGGACGCUGGUCUUUACGAUAAUACCAUCAUAAUAUUCUCAACAGAUAACGGUGGACAUAUUGAUAGGGGUGGCAACAAUUGGCCACUACGGGGAAGCAAAGGAUCCAUGUGGGAAGGAGGGAUUCAUGGAGUAGGGUUCGUACACAGCCCUCUUCUACCCGAUGCAGUCAAAGGAACAGUCAAUCAUGAAUUGAUGCAUGUGAGCGACUGGCUACCGACUAUUGUAGCAGGUAUUGCAGGUGGAGCGUUGAAUGGAACCAAACCCUUAGACGGCUACAAUGUCUGGAGCUCUAUCAGUGGUACAGCUUCGUCCCCUCGAACGGAACUCUUGCACAAUAUCGACCCGAAAAAGAAGCGACCUGAGAACGAGAAAUUCGAUACAUCAAUGAGAGCUGCGCUACGCGUUGGAGACUGGAAAAUAAAGACGGGCGCAGACUAUGACGUAACCGUAUUCAACGAGUGGAUGCCGCCACCCGAAUCCGGACUCGACACGAUAUAUCCGACAGAGAAACCGAACCAAAAGGUCUGGCUCUUCAACAUAACCGCCGAUCCUCUGGAGCAAACCGAUCUUGCAGAAAAGUACCCGGGUGUGGUCGAUGAGCUUGUACAUAAAUUAGAGGAGUAUUACAAAGGUUCGGUUCCAAUGCGGUAUCCGGAUGAGGAUUUGGAAGCGGAUCCGGCUUUGCAUGGCGGUUCAUGGGGGCCAUGGAAGUAAAUCCAUAGCAAAUUUAAGCUGAAACUGCUUCGAUCGAUACUAAUAGUAGUGGUUCUUCUAGGACCCCCUCCCAUGACAUAUAUAUAAAUAUAUAUUAUAUACAUAACAUUCUUGAAAACUGUUUGAAAACUGCAGUGCAUGAAAAUGCCAGAUCCAAAGGGCAAAGAGCACACGUGCCCCCCCCCCACACACACACACACACACACACUCCAUCAAACAAUUGGGAAAUAUGGGAAGCAGACAAUGAGAAGAAGAAGAAAAAAGGGAUGGAGAAAGGGAAUGAUAAAAUGGGAAAGUAAACAGGAAGAAGACACAUAUGAAGCAUUGGCUUAUUUAAUUUGUUAGAAUUUCGUAGCACAACGGCACACCAAACUCCGCAUGACUUUUUUGUUUGUUCGUCAUAGAAUUUUCGAAAUUUCCCUCCACCCCGAGCCAAAAAAUCCUGGGUCAACUAAUGCAUCUUGCGGUAACUGUCCCCUAUUUAUACACAACGACUUACAGGACUGAGAACAAGUAAUAUUACAACAAGUAUUAUUCCUGUCUACCAUCAAUAACAAAGUUUUGAUGUAAUUAACAGCGCCAAAUUAAUCUAAUUGACCUAGACAUCACAGAGGAGUCUGUUAAAAAGAAGAGGUAAAAUAGAAUUUUAUUUGUAACUAUUAUUUCAUUUUCAAAAUUAUUGUAAGGUUUGAUUAAAACAUACUAUGAGUACCUUCUACACUCAGUUUAAACUAGAAAUAAGAGGGGAAAUUUAAUUAUUGGAGAUAUCUAAGUAUUGCUCGAUUGUGUCCUGUUCAAAUAAUGUUUCUUGAGUUCAUUUGCGUUCCACCAGAGAAUUUGAAUCAUGAGAAACUUGUUCUUUCUUUCUAAUGACAGAAUUAUUUGAAUCUACGACAGGUUUAUAUGAACAUAUGCAAUGACUGUGCCUCAUACUGAUAUGAAAUUUACAAUACUCUUGUAUUUGGUAGAACGUGUAUUCCCUGGUUAUUUUUUUUUUAAUCUGAAGUUGUUCUAAUUCACAAGAAAUAAGAUGAAUGGAGGUCUUGCCUUACAAACUAUAAGACAGUUAUAUCCAUAAUACAAAUUGAUGCAUAAUUAUUUGUAGAAAAAAAUAGGUGUAAAGUAUAUUAAUGUCUUACGUAGCAAACAAAAAAUAACCUAUGAUUUAUACAUUUCUUUUUUAGACACGGUGAUUGGACAAAUAUGGCUCCUCUUGAAUUUAAUAUUAUGUCAUAAAGUGUUUAUUUCAGACCCCUCUCAAAAUAUAGUCAAAUUCAUAAUUAUAAUACCCGAUUUUCCAACAAUUUCCAUUUAUGGUCUGUUAAGUCUAGUUAUAAAGCUAAAUCAAUACGUUAUCUAGGUCCUAAACAGUAAAAUAUGAUUCCCCAAGUAAUAACGAAAUCCCAAUACAUAUCUUCCUUUAGAAAACAAUAUACUAUCUUAUUACUAAAUAGUUAUUAAUCAUCAGUUAUUCAUAUAUUCUAUAUAUCUGAACCCCCUUUCAUUGUUUUCUUUUGCCCUCUUUGUAUAUAUAUAUAUAUAUAUAUAUAUAUAUUUGUUUUUACUUCACUUUCUCUCGUAUUAUAGAUAGUUGAAGUGUUUGUACUUUGCUUAUUUUACUUAAUGUAUUGUUGUGUGUAUUUCUGUUAUGGAUGAUCUAACUUUACAGGUUUUUGCAAACUUCGCCGAAAGCCCAGCAUAUAACCUCUGUAAAUGUAGUUAAAAUUUACUGUUACCUUGUAUACUUUGAUUUUAUAUAUUGCGAAACAAAAUUAAUUGAAUUGAAUUGAAUUGAAAGAACUUUGUUUCUUCGACAUAGCACAUUUACAAUAUGGGUCCCAUUUAUGUUAUAUUUGCAGAUUGUGAAAUCUUGUUCAUCUUCAAAAGAUAUUUCACUUAGAUUAAUCAUGUAUUAAAAUGUUGAAUUAAAUUCUAAUUUUAAAUCCUCUUGAAAAAAAAA